CUCAACCUUUCAUAUAAGAUGAUGGAAGGAAAUGAGGACUCUAUUGAAGACCAUCUCACUGCUUAUGCAAUUCAGCUUAGUAUUCAAGAAUCAAUUGAAGCCAGUCAACCAACAACUUCCCAUUACCAUGAAAGAUUUGUACCACCCAGUGAUCAAAAUAGGAAACUUAUAACAGCCAUAAGACAAGGCCAAGUAUUUGAUCUUCGGAACUAUGUGAAACAUAAAUAUGCUUUGGAUGAAGCUGAUGAAAGAGGUUGGUUUCCACUUCAUGAGGCUGCAGCUCAGCCAAUUCAGCAAAUACUUGAAAUCAUUCUGGAUGCAUCUUAUAAAUCAAUGUGGGAAUACAAAACAUGUGAUGGAGAAACACCGUUAACUUUGGCAGCAAAAGCUGGUUUUGUGGAAAAUGUAAGAACAUUAUUGGAAAAGGGUGUUUGGCCUAAUACCACAAACAAUAAAGGAGAAACUCCUCUUCUCAUUGCUGUGAGACGGGGCUCUUACGAAAUGGUAUUGGCUCUGAUUAAAUACAACUGUCGUAUCCACCAGCCAUGUGUAAAACGCUGGUCAGCAAUGCAUGAAGCUGCAAAACAAGGCUGCAAAGAGAUUGUUUCUCUGCUUCUGAAGAAUGGAGGAAAUGUGCACUUGAAAGAUGGUUAUGGGGUAACGCCAUUAGGAGUUGCUGCUGAAUAUGGACACUGUGAUGUGCUGGAGCAUCUUAUUCAUAAAGGUGGUGAUGUUCAUGCUUUAGCAGAUGAUGGUGCAUCAGUACUGUUUGAAGCAGCUGGAGGAGGUAAUCCAGACUGUAUAGCUCUUCUUUUGGAAUAUGGAGGAAGUGGUAAUGUGCCUAAUAGGGCAGGACAGCUCCCUAUACACAAAGCAGCCUAUGAAGGACAUUAUCUGUCAUUGAAAUAUCUAAUUCCUGUUACAUCCAAGACUGCAAUCCAGAGAAGUGGGUUAAGCCCCAUUCACUCAGCAGCAGAUGGCCAGAAUGUGCAGUGUCUAGAACUCCUCAUUGAAAACGAUUUUGAUGUCAAUACUCUCCUGGCUGAACACAUUUCUGAAAACUAUGAUGAUGAAAGGAAAACGGCACUCUAUUUUGCAGUUUCUAACAAUGACAUUCUCUGCACAGAAGUGUUACUCAAAGCUGGUGCAGACCCAAACAAGGAUCCUCUAAAUUGUCUUCUUGUAGCAGUGAGAGCUGGUAACCAUGAAAUCGUACGUUUGCUUCUAUCAUAUGGAGCAAAUGUCAAUUGCUACUUCAUGCUCGUGAAUGACACCCAUUUCCCCAGUGCCAUUCAGUACGCUUUGAAUGAUGAGGUAAUGCUAAGGCUGUUGUUGAAUCAUGGAUAUAAUGCAGAGAGGUGUUUUGAUUGCAUGCAUGGCGACAUCUUUGGAAGUUCUUUUGUGUGGUCACUUCCAGAAGAGGAGGUAUUACCAGGAUGGACAUCUUGUGUAAUAAAAGAUACUCCAUUCUGUGCCUUUAUUACAGUUCCUUGGUUGAAACAUUUAGUUGGACAUGUGAUUCGCAUUUUGAUAGACUAUAUGGAUUAUGUUCCUUUGUGCUCAAAACUAAAGUGUGUCCUAGAAGCACAGAAAGAAUGGCCAGAGAUACAUCAGAUAUUAGAGACUCCUCGCCCAUUAAAACAUUUGUGCCGCCUGAAAAUACGUCAACUGAUGGGACUAAGGAGACUACGGAGACAAGCAUCAAUGACGAAGCUUCCUCUUCCACCAGUUCUAAAGGACUAUAUCCUAUAUAAAGAAUAUGAUCUUUAUGGAAAGGGGCUAAAUUUAGCCUAG